UUACUUCAUCAAUACUACAGCUUCCAGAAACUAGGUAGAAUUGAGAGUUGCAUCAGCAGGGCUAUUCCAUCAACGAGACACAAUGAAGAUUUCAUACGAAGCAGUCUUAAGAUCUUUAACAGGGGUCUCGCAGGCUACUAAGGCUGCUCCUGAUGAAAUCGACACAAUCAAACAGUUGCUGUCUCCAGCCAAUGAGGGCCUCACUCAGACCAAGACCAAGCCCGACAGUCUAUCGUUUCAAGGCUGGCAAGACUUUCUCAAGCAACAUGCCACAGAAACCACCAAGACUACCCUUCAUAUUGCACUCGUCGCAGUCGCAGUCUCAUUCCUCCGCGAGACAGCACGCCAAAACCAACCCGCCACAGCAGACGGAAUCAGGCAAUGCUGGACCAUCAUCCACGACGCCCUCACAUCCACAAGCUCUUCCCAAACGCAGUUCACUGCCUCUCGCAGCGCCCAAGGCUUCCUCUCGGUACCGCUGUGCAGCUUGGUCAAAGACGGUAGUAUCGACGAGCUUAUUCGCCUGCACGUUUGGAUGCCAGACGGCAAGCGCGGGAACCCCGAUUUCCACCUACACUCCCACCAGCCGUUUGCGCAGAGCUGGAUCUUGGCCGGGCAGGGCGUGGACCACUCCUACCAGGUCGACCCUGUCGAGGAUCCCGCUGAGGCAACACAUGCAGAGUAUGCUCUUGCGUGGAACGAUGGCAAGGGAGCAAAUACCGCGUAUAAGACGCAUCAGGCUUCCUCUACGGUGCAGAACACGGGAAAGCUGUUUCGAGCUUCGAAGACUCUAUCAGAAACUCACUCAAGGGGAUCAACGUACACAGUUCCGGCAGCAAAGUUCCACGUCUCAGAAGUUGCGCCAGAUGCCUUACAUGCGACUAUCUUCUUCUUCGAUUCCCAUCGCGGGUUCGUGAAAGAUGCUGGUGUUCUUGGGCCGAAAGAUGGGGACUCGUUUACACAGCUGCGAGAUCCGGCUGGGGUUACGCCAGCAGAGCUUGCGGAAGCGGUGGGCAAUGCUCGAUUGCAAGAGGAACAUGAGUGAGAGCCAACGAUCUGGGUUAUUAAUAUAUGUGGAAGGUCAUUUCAUUUGACUAGAAGUCGCCCAUGAUGAUACUUGUAACAAGGGUCGAUUGCGCUCUUUAAUUUCGUAGAUCUUAUAUUCAUACACAUUUAACGCA